AUGGCUGACUCUUUUGUGACUCACAAAGAAACUUUUUCUGGGUUUUCUGUUUGUAUGGGUGAUGACAGUGCUCUUGCUGAUGAACUUUUACUGUCUUCCAUGAGUGCUAGUGAUGAUCCUUGUAUGAAAGAGAACAUGAUACACUGUUUGUUAAAAGAUUAA